UGUGAUAGCGCUGAAUUUUGUUAAAAACGAGGCAACAAGGGAUUUCGUUUUAUUGAUCAAACGAACAACAAAAUAAGGUAUUUAGCUAGUGUUAAUCAGUAUCAAAUAAUGGACAAAGCCUUGGGAAUACAAAAACAAAUACGUGAUAAUGCAAAAACAGUAAACAAUUACUUGACCGACUUACAAAAUUGGGAAGUGGAGAUGAAGAGAAAAGAAGCAGCACUCAACGGCCAAUUUGAACAGGACCUCCCACCUGUCCGAAGUAGAGCUAAGAAAGAGAAACCAGUACAAGUGACAAAGAAAAAGCAAGAGGAAAGAAUCCACUCCUCAGACUACCAGGCAUGGGAGAAGUUUGAUGUUGAGAAAGCAUGUGAAGAGGUAGACAUGGCAGACGUUGGGCCUACAUCACUGGACAGCAAGAGAAGUGAAUCCGCCAAACUGGAGAAGCUCAGGGAGGAGGCACAGUAUGAGAAGGAAAGGGGCAACACAUUUGUGAAACUAGCGAAAUGGGAUGAGGCAAUAGCAUGUUACAACCGCGCAAUAGAGCUGGUCAAGGAUGACGCUAUAUAUUACGCCAACAGAGGACUCUGCUACCUGAAGAAGGACAGCCUCCACCUAGCGGAAAGCGACUGUACGGAAGCGCUCCGUCUGGACCCGACGUAUGUGAAGGCGUUGCAGCGCCGGGCGGCGGCGCGCGAGCGGCUCGGCUCCCUGCGCGCCGCCGCCACCGACCUCACGCGGGUGCUCGAGCUAGAGCCCAAGAACAACCAGGCCCGGACCCAACUCAGCGCCCUCAAAACCAGGAUGGGUACUAAGGGGUCUAAGUCCAAAUCAUCACCGCCGUCGCCUUUGUCCCCGUCAUCACCUUCGACCCCUGUAAAGGAAACGAAACCGGUCGUGACGAAUAUAGUGGAAGAGAAGCCAGCGAUCAAAGUAGAAAGCGCAGAGGACAAGUGGCGAGACGGAAUCGGAGAGAACAUCACUGUCAUCAAACCAGUAAAGAAACCACCACAUCUUAGGUCUAAGAGACCACUUAAACCAAUAACAAUAAAAGAAAUACAACUAGGCAAAACAAUGAUCGAAAAGCCACCAACGCGGCUGAAGAUUGAAGAGAUACCAGACACCAAUGGCAGCACAGACUCUAACAAGACCGAGCCGGAGAGACUGACCAACGAGCGCGGCGACUUCAGCCCGGAGUCCACCAAAUUGGUGCAAGAUGCUGUCACCAAAGAGAAGGACGUGAAAAGUCUAGCGCCACCUGUCAACAGUGUGCAGUUCAUGACCCAGUGGAAGGAGCUGCAAGGGAAU